AUGGUGGAGCUCAUGCGUAUGGCUAUUGGUGCACUUCUAAAUAUUGAAAUAUGGAUAAUGCUCAUUUUAAACGUAUUUGUACUGAGCUGCAUCAAAAAAGGCAAACUGUACUCAGGAAAAGAAAAAUGUGUUUACUUACUUUCUACUUCUAACAUAUGCUGUGAUAUUGCACAAUUGGCGCUGCAUGCCUUUUACAUUGGACCAUCAAUUAUUGCUGGGAAAUGGUUCUUUGACGGGGAAAAGUCGUUGGGAAUUACUAUUGCCGGGGUACUCUUUAUCGAAUUUUGGAUCUUCGCGUCACUGAUUCAAAUGUUAUUUUCCACGAACAGGUUGAUUAUCAUUUGCUUUCCCUGGUCUUCAUUGUUUUCAUCAAGACGUAAAACAUUCCUAUAUAUAGUCAUAACCCUGAUUAUUGCCACAGGCUUGACUCUACGCCAUCAGGUGUUUACACCGUGUUGCAGAACUAUUCCUGAUCAACGAUAUUUCGGAUACUCGAUUCUUAAUGUGGACAACGUAGAAAAUCAUUCAUAUCUCCUUGGUCUUAUUCUAGAUGCUGGAGUAUCUGUCUACAGUGGAAUCUCAUACAUUGCAAUGAUAGUUUACGCUAGGAUAAAAGGCGUCUCUCGGAACAGUGGUGCAUUCAAGCGAGAGAUAAGAUGCGCUAUUCUAUUCUUUAUCAUGUUUACCACAUACACAGUCAUAUGGAUGACAUUCUAUGUCUAUCCGUUAUUGAAUAUUGGAAUUACGGAAGCCUAUGUCAUAACGCCGAUUCUGCUAGUUUUUAACAGCGGUAUCAAUGCUAUCAUAUACCUGACUUUAAAUAGGGACGUGAGUGUUUCCGACUAUUUCAAAAUGAGGAAUAUUGUAGACAAACUAAAUUUACUGCACCGCGAAGGAAGCGCACUUUAG